AUGCAGAAGACUCCGCACUUCCAUACAGCCAGGAAGGGCGCUGAUUCCCUCAAGGCAAUGGCCAAACGGACAUUAUCUCGCCAUUUACGACAUCUAGUCAGCCUGGGCGAUUGCCCUCCUGAAUUGGUUAAAAGCCUCUUCAUCAAAAUUGACAAACCAGAUCAACUCUAUAACCUCGAGCAGAAGUCUCCACAGAUCCAAGGACAUACAAGAGAAGCAUGGGUGCACCUGAUAAAGCGCGAUGUCCCUCCCAAGUUUCUGGAGGCUCAACUACCUGAAGAGUGGCAGACAGUCAUGUUUCCUUUGGAAAAGGCAGACCGAUGGCACAAAAUCUAUUACAAGCUGAAGAAGAUGGCCGAGAAGGAACAAGCAAAACGUGACGUGGCAUUGGCUGCAACUCUGCGAGGCUUCACUCAUGAACGGGAGCUGAAAACUGCCCCAGUUAUUGACCGCAAGUUGGUCAGCACAGGAAGGAAUAGGGUUGCUACGGCGAAAUUCGACUUCAAUAAUAGUCUCUACAGAUCUGGCGGAAAAGCAACAGGGAAAGCGGCAUCUGGGCCGGGCUUCUUCGAGAGAUUUGAGAAAGGCGCUGGUUCAAGGAGAACCGCCAAAUUACGAACACCUACACACCUACUGAAACCAAGCGUUGGUCAUGGAGUGGCCGCAGCACCAGCGCAUCUCGUAGAGCACAUCAAAGAGCAGAAGCAGAAGGAGAAGGAACAAGCCGAGGAGGAACGAGUAUGGAAAGAACAACUUGAACAACGGAAGCGCAAGGACGAAGCACAAGGCCUCAUCAGACCACUCAGGACAACGAUCAUAAAAACAGGAAUUGCGUCAGUUCCGAGCCAACCCAUGCACGCACCUAAUACGAAGCUCAAACCAAACGCUGCAGUUCAUGCCCCUAACGGUGAUUCGUACGAUCUCAUCAAAGACAGAGAAGCACGACUGCGAGCCCUGAAGAAUGGUACAAAGCUACCACAACCAACCUCCAGCAUUCCAACAAGCAAGCAAGACUUUGAGCGACUAACCAUGGACUUCCUAGAAUCUGAUGAUGAGGAUUCUCCAGCCGCUAAUGAUGAUCUCUUCGAAGACCUCGAACAGCAACAACACCAACAAUAUAGUUCAGAUGCCAACCCAAGCGACGAAGACCUCUUCGGAUCAACCACAAACAGAGCUAGAUCCGCCUCACCACAGCAUCUGAAACCAAAGCAGCCACCACGUCCCAUCAACGGCCUCUCACCAGCAAGAAAACAAGCUUUACAGAACGCUCGUUCGCCUGGCCGUGCUGCAACAGCAAGCCCUGCACCAAUUCCUCAAAGAAGACCAGCCAAUUUCCAACAACCGGCCAGGAGACCUGUCGAUGCAGUGUUAAGCACGAGCCCCAUUCCACCUAGCCGGACAAAGCUAAACAGCACGGCUCAAGCGCAAGCGCAAGCAUUGAAACAAAGCACACCUCAAUUCCACGCACCUGAUCUAGUCGCUGUCAAUGGCAGGCCGGCGAAUAUUGCAACUGCGCAGCAACCAGCGCUGAAGAAGCGGAAGGCGGCUGAUCCGCUAGCUACAUUGAUGAGGUCGAAUAAGAAGAGGUAA